CGAAGUGUGAACCAUAAACCAAUUUUUUAUGUCUGUGAAGUGUGGACUUAAACAAUUUAGGACGAGCUGAAGUUCCUCCACAGCCAACUUCGCACAACAACUUGUUCUUUAACUAUUCCACACAGAUGCCCUAGGCUUAUGUUCUCAAGGAAGAGCGCCCUCUUCGAUUCAAAUGAACAAAUAAUUUCGACUGUUUACGCACUGUCACAUUAAGCUGACAUGAACGAAACGAUGGACCCGAAAAGCAAACGAAAAUGCGAUAAAGGAAUCCGAAGAGGAUAUUAUUCGGAAAUAACGACAGACUUGGACUUUAAAGAUGAUACGGCGGAGGAGUUUCCUGGAGCAUGUAAACGAACCAACCUCCUCUGGCAAAUUCGCACCGAACAUCACGCCCCGAUAAUAGAGGAAUUGCCGAAACCGUCUCGCCCCAGCUUCUUAGCCCCGGCUGAAAGAUGGAUGUGCUACGAGCGCGAACCACAUAUCCUUUUCCCCGUUGACGCGUUCAAGCCCAAAGUGCAGAUGCAGCACGAAAUCGAACCUCGCCAUCUGCCCAGGAACGUCGCCAUCGAACGGAAAAGACGUCAGUACCAGCUUCAAAGCAUUAGGGAGUGUUUGGAAAAUUUGCGCGUCCAACCGAAACAAAUAGUGCCCUCCCAUGUCGUUCAAGCACUAACCGUCGAGGAAAAGUUCGGGCUGUACACCACGGUGAACUAUUUGCCGCUCGAAUUGUUCGACGAUCAGGAAUUUGACAGCAGAUCACCAGAGAGCUGGUUGAACCAUGGCGUGAUGGAAGGUGUGCGUCAUCCCAUACCGGCCGUAGCCUUUGUUCCGGUAUACAUGAAGCCGUUGGUUCACCCAAGCUCGCCCGAUUACCUUAACCACGUCUACGAGUGGACUGAUGUGGCCGUUACAAACUAUACGCCCGACGACGAACUGUGGCACGUGUUAACUUUGGACGGAUUCCAAAGGACGUUCGCGAUACCGCGGAUACGGUUAAUGUUCAAAGCAGAGGAUCCGGUGGUUUUCGCGCACAGAAUAAAGGCCGCGCUUGAGUUGAGGAAUCAAGCCGAAAAUAGUAUUAGGUACGAGUUUUACUUGGACUGCAUGCUGCUCACCGGCACCCAUGAACUGGACGAGGUCUGUAUGAGUUACAUUUACAAGAGUGCCACCCGCGAUCGAGCUUCGAGAGUUCAAAAUCGCGAAAUCUUCGAAAAGUUGGAGUUCGAAGUCAGACUCAACCACAAGAGGGCUUUGGGCGAAAUUCAAUUUCGCUACAGUGCCGAAAAGCAGCCGGAUGUCUAUCAGUUUUUAAAUUUGACCAAGCGGGAAGUUCCUCGUGUGCCCAUAACAGGCCGAGUUGCGACAAACAUGGCCGACUUUAAGAACAUGCGCGAGUAUUUCCGAUGGAUGAGUAUUUGGGUGAUUCCGGAAACCUACAGAGGAAUGUCUAUUGUUCAUAAGUACUGCAUGGAGGCGGCCGUCAUGUCGCUCUUUACCAGCAGCUAUGGCAAACAUGUUACGCUUAAGGAGUUUGAAACUGUACAAAGUAGAACCACUGACAACGUAAUUGUAUUUUUAAAAAUGACUUGGAUAUCGAAUAUCUCACGAAACAUCAGGAUGUGCUUAGGCGACAUCGGGAAAGGGUGGUUUAAUGUAAAUGAGAAGCACCCAAACAUUUACGACACCGCAAAAUUAGUAAGAUUUAUGGAGGUGGUGAAAUAUCGCAUGCAGCAUGCUCUUCGAUUACUUGUGGAGAAUUCGACACAUUUAUUUGUAAAUCUCGUCGAAACCCCUUGCCAAUGUUGCCUGCAUUUGAACAGCGACUACGUUUGGGAGAGCAAUUUUGUGGAUAGCCCAUUUAAACCACAAGUUCAGCCCAUUUUUGGUUUACUAUUGAAGAUGGACCCUCUUUGUGGCGCUUUUUAUUCCACCGAUCCGCGCUUAUUUCCUAGCGUGCUAUUGUCUCUAUACGAUUCGGCGAUUAAGUUAACGCACGGUGUCAAUCAAGUACACCCCUCAUUGCUGAAACACCUAAAGUUUCCAUCCGAUUUAUAUUUAUCAUCGGUCGGGCUUUUAGAUAAAGAUGUCUGUGAUCUAAGGGAAAGAAUGCUGAAAGGUUACGAGAAAGCGAUCAUUCCUUUAUUGGCGUAUGCUGAAACGUAUUCUGUGCAUAUGGAGUUGUAUACAUUGGAUGUAACAACAUACAUCGGCGGUUAUUUGGAAGAACAACACUCGGCCGUCGAAUACAAAGACACAAUAUCGCAUCACUUCAAGAUGAGGGAUAAUUUGGAAGUAACCCUACCUAGCAGUAUAGUUAUUGGUCCCUUCUUCGUUAACACGGAGCCCUUAAAAACGUUCCUAAUAAACAAAAGGCAGGAAAUAGCCGGUAAACUUUUGGAUCAGUUCGCCGCGAUAAUGAAGGGGAACAUUGAGGAGAUUAUACAGGAGUACAAAUUCUUCAAUGCGAGAUUACUCGAGCGAGCAACCUCAAUUGAGAAUAUUUACGAAAUUCGAGACUGGAUGGAAACCAUUCCCAUGACAGUAAAGGGUUGGGAGGAAGCUACUAAGAAAUAUCUGUUGGAGUACGACGUGCUUGAUUACUUCUGGUAUUCAUUACCUCAAGAAGAUUUUGAAAAUAAGUGGGACUGCAUUGGAUGGCCAUACAGGCUUGCUCAACAAAUCGAAAGGGCACAAGCGAACCUCGACGAAGAGUUCGACAAGUACUUAAAAAUACAAAUGAUCGACGAGAGCGUUCUCCAGGAGAAAAUCGAAAACUUUACCGUCAUCGUUACGCAGCUUUCCGGCCAGAAGGACUUUAACAGGGUUCACGAAAUUGCGCUCGAAAUAAAGCGACUGUGGAAGGCGAUGAAGGAAGCGCAGGAGCACGGGCAGAUGUUAAACCAGAGGCAAAAGCUGUUUCUAAUGCCAGUCACUCCGUACGAUACACUGACGAAGUUGAUUAAGGAAUUUGAGCCGUACAGAAACUUGUGGGUUACCGCCUCUGAAUGGCUCAAAUGGCACGAAAUUUGGAUGGACAACCCUUUAGUAAACGUCGACGGCGAGGCUAUCGAGGGGAUAGUUUCGGAUAUGUACAAGACCAUGAUAAAAUCUGUAAAGUUAUUCGUCGAAAUCGAGGCGGUGCAAAGCGUCGCCCUGGAAAUUAAGAAGCAAAUUGAGAGUUUCAAGCCGAUGAUACCUCUAAUACAAACACUGCGCAACCCCGGCAUGAGACAGCGGCACUGGGAUGCGUUUAAAGCUGAAACUGGAAUCGUCGUCAAUUGGACACCGACGAUAACCUUCAACGAUUUUAUCGCUUUGGGCAUUCAGAAUUACAGCGACGUCAUUUCGAAGAUUGGGGAUAAUGCCGGAAAGGAGUACGCCAUCGAAUCCGUUCUUGAUAAGAUGGUGCGCGAAUGGGACCACAACUUUAUGGAGCUCACAUUAUACAAGACUACCGGAACGUACAUAAUGAAAGUGGCAGACGACAUUCUGCAGCUGCUGGACGACCACAUCGUUAUGACGCAACAGUUAUCGUUCAGUCCAUUCAAAGGGCCCUUUGAGGAGAGGAUCGAUAACUGGGAAGAGAAGCUAAAGACUUGUAGUGAGUGCUUGGAGGAAUGGAUGGAAGUGCAAAGACAGUGGAUGUACCUUGAGCCGAUCUUCGCCAGUCCCGAUAUAACGCAACAGUUACCGACUGAAAGCAAAAAGUACAGCACCAUGGAGAGAACUUGGAGGCGAAUUAUGAAAAACGCCUGCGACUGCCCAUCGAUUAUCCUUACAUGUUCCGACAAAAAACUUCUGGAAAGUCUGAAAGAGUGCAACCAUCUCUUGGAGGUCGUGCAGAAAGGCCUGACCAAUUACUUGGAGAUGAAAAGGUCGGUCUUUCCGCGAUUGUACUUUCUCAGCGACGACGAGCUGCUCGAGAUUUUAUCUCAGGCGCGCAAUCCGCUCGCCGUUCAGCCUCACCUACGGAAGUGCUUCGAGAAUAUAGCGAGGCUGACAUUUGAGGAUGAUCUGAAAAUCAGCCAGAUGUGGUCCGCCGAGGACGAAGGUAUUGACUUACGCCCUUCACUAUACCCUACCGGAAACGUAGAGUGCUGGCUCGUUAUCCUGGAGGAGAGCAUGAAGAAUACCGGCAAGUACUCACUGUGAUUUGUAAAAUUGGUGUCACCAAUAAAUUUUGCAGUGAGAACAACCUACGGGGACUCAUUGGAGACGUUAUUUGUCAUGGAAAGGAAGGAGUGGGUACUGAUGUGGCCUGGGCAGAUUGUAAUAGCGGGUUGUCAAACGUAUUGGACCAACGGCGUGGAGGACGCGUUAAGUAAGGGCGACUUGGCCGCGUUUUUCGACGUGGUUUUGGAGAACCUGGAUCAGCUUCGAGGGCUCGUGAGAGGCUCACUUACCUAUUUACAUCGAGAGAUUUUAUCCGCGUUAAUAGUAAUCGAGGUGCAUGCUCGUGAUGUAACCCAAAAUUUAGUCGACAGUAACGUUACCAACGUUAAUGACUUCGAUUGGAUCAGCCAGCUGAGAUACUACUGGGUGGAGCAAGAACUAAAAGUGAGAGCGGUUAAUGCCGAGUUUCAGUACGGCUACGAGUAUUUGGGCAACAGCGGUCGACUCGUCAUAACUCCCCUGACCGACCGCUGCUAUUUGACCCUGACCGGAGCUCUACAUCUCAAGUUCGGAGGUGCGCCGGCGGGACCCGCCGGUACCGGAAAAACUGAAACCACGAAAGAUCUGGCAAAGGCGAUGGCGAUACAGUGUGUCGUGUUCAAUUGUUCGGACCAACUCGAUUUUAUGGCCAUGGGAAAAUUCUUUAAGGGGCUUGCUAGCUCCGGUGCUUGGGCGUGCUUCGAUGAGUUUAACAGGAUCGAUAUUGAGGUGCUGUCUGUAGUCGCUCAGCAAAUUAUGACUAUACAAAAGGCGCAGCAGGCGAAAAUGGACUCAUUUAUAUUUGAGGGUGUCGAGAUAGCACUGAAGCAGUCCUGUGCCGUCUUCAUCACCAUGAACCCCGGAUACGCGGGACGUACCGAACUACCCGAUAACCUAAAAGCUCUCUUUCGGCCGGUUUCGAUGAUGGUGCCCAAUUACGGCCUAAUCGCCGAAAUAUCGCUUUUUUCGUUCGGGUUCAGCAACGCGAAGCAGCUCGCUAAUAAAAUCACGACUACAUUUAAAUUGAGCUCCGAGCAGCUUAGCAGCCAGGACCACUACGAUUUCGGCAUGCGAGCUGUUAAAACUGUCAUCGCCGUCGCUGGAAAUUUGAAACGUGAAAAUCCAGAUAUGGACGAGCGGCAGAUUAUUCUCAGGGCGUUGUUGGCUGUUAAUGUACCCAAGUUCUUAAAAGAUGAUUUGAAAUUGUUUUAUGGUAUUGUUUCUGAUUUGUUCCCCAAAAUGAAAGAGGAGGCUGUAGAUUACGGUCUGUUAGAGGAGUUUAUAAGGAAGAUGAUUAUUAAACACGGAUUGGAAGACGUUGACGAGUACGUCAUUAAAGUAAUCCAAUUAUACGAGACAACAGUAGUACGUCACGGAUUAAUGUUAGUAGGGCCCACUGGAUCGGGUAAGACGAAGUGUUACGAGGUUCUGAAGGAUGCGAUGACCGUUUUGAGGGGCAAACCGACGCCGGGCGGUUACCCCUUUCAGCCUGUACACACUUACGUUUUGAAUCCGAAGUCGAUCACAAUGGGACAAUUGUACGGAGAAUUCGACUUGCAGACUCACGAGUGGACGGACGGAAUUUUGCCGUCGCUCGUGCGAAUUGGUUGCAGCGCGACGGAUAAGGAUAAGCGGUGGUACGUGUUUGAUGGGCCGGUUGAUGCGGUUUGGAUAGAGAACAUGAACACCGUCCUCGACGACAACAAAAAGCUCUGUUUGAGUAGCGGGGAGAUUAUCAAAUUGAGAGACACUCAAACUAUGAUCUUUGAAGUUGCCGAUUUGGCCGUCGCCUCGCCGGCAACGGUGUCGAGGUGCGGUAUGGUGUACUUGGAGCCUGGAAUUUUGGGACUUCAGCCCUAUUUAAAUUGCUGGAUUAGGCGUUUGCCUCAAUUGGCUGUAGAGUUCGCGAGUCAAUUUAACGAAUUAUUUGAAAUAUACCUCUUACCGGCUGUAGAACUUCUACGCUCGAAAUUGAGGGAAAUCUUGGUCUCGGUGGAUUCUGCGAUUGUAACUUCCUUUUUGCAUUUAAUGGAUUUUAGAUUGGGCCCGCUGGCCGGCAAAGACAACAAGCCUCCACCCGCGGCUCAGUUUUUGAAAUUAAUUCCCGAUCUUAUUGUACCAUGGUUUGUAUGGUGUUUAACAUGGACUAUAGGAGCAACUUGUGACAACUAUGGUAGGAUGGCAUUUAACAAUUGGCUGCGGAAUCUUAUGGAUGAACAUGACCAUGGUCCAAAAUUCCCAUCCGAGGGCCUUGUUUAUGAUUACAGAUUGCACGACGGCGGAUUCACCGAUCCAACCGACGACAACGAGCCGAUGCCGCCAACCUGGCACAAUUGGAUGGAAAACGCGGAACCGUGCAAAAUAACCAACGACACAAAAUAUUCAGAUAUCGAGGUGCCUACGAUCGAUAACAUCAGAAACGCGGAACUCGUCGGCAUCAUCUUGAACAAUGAAAAGAACGUCCUCUGCGUCGGUCCUACCGGUACCGGAAAAACGCUCACCGUGGUCGGAAAGUUGGGUAGAAACAUGCCGAAGAAGUUCAUUUGCGACUUUAUCAAUUUUUCCGCUCGCACCACUUCGAACCAAACGCAGGAUUUGAUCGACUCAAAGCUGGACAGAAGAAGAAAAGGAAUCUUCGGGCCGCCGGUAUUAAAAAGGCAGGUAUUUUUCAUCGACGACUUUAACAUGCCCGCAUUGGAAGUUUACGGUGCGCAACCGCCGAUUGAACUUAUCCGCCAGUGGAUGGACUUCCACGGCUGGUACGAUCGUAGAAAUAUCGGCGAAUUCAGAACAUUAAUCGAUAUCAACUUUGCUGCGGCCAUGGGACCGCCGGGAGGUGGACGAAAUCCGAUAACCGCACGGUUAUUAAGACACUUUCAUUAUUUGGCGUUCACCGAGCUGGAGGACUCCAGUAAAAUUACGAUUUUCGGAACAAUAUUGAAAUUCUGGAUUGACCGAACUCAAAAUCUCAACCCGUACUUCGAACCGCUCCUCCUGGGCAGCUUGGAGGUCUAUUCGACAAUCUUGAGAGAAUUGCUGCCGACGCCGGCGAAGACUCAUUACACGUUCAAUUUAAGGGAUCUCAGUAAAGUUAUUCAAGGCGUUUUGAUGAUGACCCCGGAACCGUUGUCUUCGUUAAGGAAUUUGUUAAUAUUGUGGUACCACGAGUGUUGUCGCGUAUUCCAAGAUCGGUUGGUCAACGAACAGGAUCGCGUUUGGUUCGAUAAUCUACUGAAAACGAUCGUGUCUACCAACUUCAAAAUGGAAGCUGAAUUUAUUGGAACCGAAACUAUACUGUUUGGAGAUUUUUUAGAUCCCACUUCUGACUCCCGUGUCUACUGCCAUAUUACAAACAUGGAAAUGUUGUCUAACGUUUUAGAUCACUAUUUAAGCGAGUACAAUGCUCAGUCGACAAGGCCCAUGAAGCUUGUGCUGUUUCUUGACGCCAUUUCGCAUGUGUGUCGUAUUGCAAGAAUUAUUCGGCAACCGAUGGGAAACGCGUUAUUACUGGGAAUGGGAGGAUCCGGAAGGCAAAGCUUAACGCGUUUGUCGACUCACAUGGCCGACUUUAUUAGCUUCCAAAUCGAGCUCAGCAAAACCUACGGUAAUUCAGAGUGGAGGGAGGAUGUGAAAACCUUAAUGCUCAAAGCCGGUUUGCACAAAAGGGAGACCGUGUUUUUAUUUUCAGACACGCAGAUCAAGUCAGAGUCGUUUCUGGAAGAUUUAAAUAACAUACUCAACUCCGGAGAUGUCCCCAAUAUCUACCAAGUAGAAGAAUUGGAUAAGAUCUACCAAGGGAUGAAAGGGAUUGUGACCGAAAUGGGAAUGCCGGCGACGAAGUCAAACUUAUACUCGGUUUAUCAAAAGCAAGUGCGCGCGAAUCUCCACACUGUCCUGACUAUGAGCCCAAUCGGAGAAAUUUUCCGCGCAAGACUGCGUCAGUUCCCCGCCUUGGUAAACUGCUGCACAAUUGACUGGUUCAGCGCCUGGCCAAAUUCCGCUCUUCAGUCCGUCGCCCUGCAAUUCUUAGAGGAGAUCGAGGAAUUGGAGGUCACUCACGAGAUGUUAAAUGGAAUUGUGGUCGUUUGCCAGUUCAUGCACGCGAGCGUUGUCGACGCGAGCGACUUAUUUUUACAAGAAUUAUCCAGGCACAAUUACGUAACCCCAACGUCAUAUUUAGAACUACUUUCGAGCUACACCAACUUGAUGAACACAAAGAAGGGAUCGCUGACCGAGGGGGUGGGUCGCCUAAAAACUGGGCUGGACAAACUUCAGACCACGACCGCUGAAGUGAAUGUACUUCAGGAGGAAUUGGAGGUCAUGAAACCUCUCCUUGAGGUUGCGGCUAGAGAGGCGGAGAUUAUGAUAGCGCAAAUUGCUGCUGACACGGAAGUAGCUGAGCAGACCAAGGCGAUUGUGGAAAAACAAGAGGAGGAAGCAACGAAGAAAAAGAUAGUCACGCAAACUAUCGCCGAGGACGCUCAAAAAGAUUUAGAUGAAGCACUGCCCGCGCUACUCGCCGCCGAACAGAGUUUGAAGGCGUUGAACAAGAAUGAUAUUACGGAAGUUCGGGCGAUGAAAAAGCCGCCUAUUGGAGUCAUCUACGUAAUCGAAGCGAUUUGCAUUUGCAAAGGAAUCAAGCCGCUAAAGGUGGCCGGAGCUAAACUGGGAGAGAAGGUGAACGAUUAUUGGGAACCCGGGCGGAAUAUGUUGUCCGAUCCGGGAGCGUUCAUGUCCUCGCUGCUCAAUUUUGACAAAGAGUCGAUAACGGAGGCAAUGAUCACGCAACUGAAACCCUACGUUGACAAUCCUACGUUCACCCCUCAAAAAAUAGCGCAAGCGUCUAAAGCGUGUAUGUCGCUGUGCACGUGGGUUCACGCUAUGUACAAGUUUUACUUCGUCAAUCUCAUUGUGGCUCCCAAAAAGGCCGCCCUGGCCCUGGCAAAGGACGAACUGGACGUAACCGAGCGUGUAUUGGCCACGGCAAAGGAAAAUAUGAGACUUGUGCAAAUGGGCCUGGACGCGCUCAGCGAGCAGCUCAACGCCAAAAUGCAAUUUAAGGAGGAGAAAGAGAAAAACAUCACCCUGUGCCAAGAGCGGAUGAAUCGCGCGAUUCGUUUAAUUGGUGGACUCGCGGGCGAGAAAGAUCGAUGGAUACAAACAAUUGCCGACAUCGAGGCGAGUACGGUCAACGUCACCGGCGACAUACUGAUUUGCUCGGGCGCAGUCGCCUACCUAACUCCGUUCACCGACAAGUACAGACGAGGACUGUUCUCCGAGUGGCUGUCGGUACUCAAAGAGCAAAAGGUGCCACACUCCCAAAAAUGCGACCCGGUUACCACGUUAGGCGAACCGGUCGUGAUCAGGCUGUGGCAAUUGGACGGUUUGCCGCGCGAUUACUUAUCAACGGAGAACGCCGUUUUGGUUUCGUGCUCGAAAAGGUGGCCUCUGUUCAUCGAUCCGCAGGGUCAAGCGAAUAAGUGGGUUAAAACUAUGGGUAAAAGCAAGGGAAUUUCUGUAUGUAAACAAGCCGAUAGAGACUUAAUCCGUACCUUAGAAUCUGCGAUUCGUUUCGGAAAGCCAGUUCUCAUCGAAAACGUUGGUACCGAACUCGAUCCGGCCCUCGAUCCGGUGCUACUCCGUCAGUUGUUUAAGCAGGGGAACAAUUGGGUGGUCAAGCUGGGAGACGUAAUCGUACCUUAUAACAACGAAUUCGAAUUGUACAUCACGACUAAAUUACCCAACCCCCAUUACACUCCCGAGGUUUCCAUUAAAGUCUUGCUGGUCAACUUUACCUUGGUGCCGAGCGGUUUACAAGAUCAGUUACUGGGUCUAGUUGUGGCCCAAGAACGUCCAGAUUUGGAAGAGUUGCGCAGUCAGUUGGUAAUUAGUAACGCGCAAAUGAAGGCCGAACUUAAAGAUAUUCAGGAUCGUAUCUUGCACAAGCUAAGUAUUUCUGAAGGCUCACCCGUAGAUGAUAUCGAAUUUAUAAUCACCUUGGAAGCUUCCAAAAUUAAAAGCGACGAUAUCAAGAGCAAGGUGGAAGCUGCCGAGAUUACCCAAAUAGACAUAGACCACACUAGGGCGCAGUAUAUUCCGGUGGCAAUCCGAGGUCAAAUAUUGUGUUUCUGCGUCAUGGAUCUCUCCAAUGUAGAUCCUAUGUAUCAGUAUUCCUUGGAGUGGUUCGUAAAUAUUUUCAUUGGCAGUAUGGCGGAAACCGAGAAAUCAGACGAUAUUAAUCAACGCGUCGAAAUCGUCAAUCAGUAUUUAACGUUCAGCUUAUACAGCAAUGUGUGUAGAAGUUUGUUCGAGAAACACAAGCUUCUCUUCGCGUUCCUCCUUUGCAUACGAAUUUUAUUGGAUGAAAAGAAGGUGGAUCCACACGAAUGGCACUUCUUUUUAGCCGGAGGAUCGCCACUUCGGGACGCCCCAAAUCCGGCACCGGAAUGGAUCUCUCUCAAAGCUUGGAAUGAAAUUAUGGCAAUGGAAAAUUUAAGUUCAUUCGGCGAAUUCGUGAGAGCUUUUCCCCAUCAACUAUCUCACUACAAGAAGGUAUUCGAAUCGCUAGAGCCGCACCGUGAGGAGCUACCGGCACCUUUCAAUAAGUCACUGGACGACUUUCAGAAAUUAUUCGUACUGAAAGGACUGCGCCCCGACAAGGUGACUAACGGAAUGCAAGACUUCAUCACGUCCCACCUCGGUCGGCGCUUCGUCGAACCGCAAACGACCGAUCUGUCCGCGAUGUUCAAGGAGUCGUCCUCGAUAAUUCCGCUAAUUUUCGUCCUAUCGACGGGUACCGAUCCCGCCGCCGAUUUGUACAAAUUUGCUGAUCGCAUGAAAAUGGCGAAGCGAUUAUUUUCGAUUUCCUUGGGACAGGGCCAAGGACCGAGAGCGGAAAAAAUGAUGACCGACGCUCUCGACGUCGGAUCUUGGGUGUUUUUCCAAAACUGUCAUCUAGCGCCGAGCUGGAUGCCCAGAUUGGAGCGGCUCGUCGAAACGUUAAAUCCCGAUCAAGUGCACAGGGAGUUUCGGCUGUGGUUAACGUCGACGCCUUCACCCCAAUUCCCCGUGUCGAUCUUGCAGAAUAGCGCGAAAAUGACUGUUGAGCCACCUCGCGGUGUUAAGGCGAAUAUGCUCAGGGCGUAUCUUAACCAAGUCUCCGAUCUACUCGAUUUCUUUCAUUCGGAACAUGAGAAAGUAGCGACGUUCAAAUGGUUGCUGUUCUCUCUCUGCCUUUUCCACGGCGUUUUGUUGGAGCGAAGAAAAUUUGGCCCUUUAGGAUUUAACAUUCCGUACGAGUUUACUGAUGGCGACUUGAAAAUUUGUAUCUCCCAGCUUCACAUGUUCCUAUUGGAGUAUUCCGAAAUUCCUUUUAAAGUCUUAGUCUACACGGCGGGUCACAUAAAUUACGGGGGAAGAGUAACUGAUGACUGGGAUCGUAGAUGUUUGAUGAACGUUUUAGCAGAGUACUACAAUCCCGAUGUUGUAACUGACGAACACGUUUUUGAUGAAACCGGAGCUUACCGUCAAUUAUCUGCCGAAGCUCCUAUUUCGGAGUACUUGGACUACAUUAAACGACUGCCUUUAAAUGAUGAACCUCAACUGUUCGGAUUGCAUUCAAACGCCGAUAUAAGCUGUGCUCAGGCGUACACUUACACCUGUCUCAAUACCUUGCUACUCCUGCAGCCCAAACAAGUGGGAGGAGCCGCCGCCAGUCAGGAAGAGGUCACCUCAAAUGCAGCAACAGGCAUUCUUGACAUUUUGCCAAAGGAAUUUGACUUAGCAUACAUCUCAGAACAAUAUCCGGUACUUUACGAGGAGUCUCUCAACACAGUACUAAUACAAGAAGCAAUACGGUACAACAAACUAUUAAAAAUAAUUCAGACAACCUUAAAAGAUCUGCUAAAAGCGUUAAAAGGCCUGGUUGUUAUGUCGGAAACCUUGGAAAAGAUGACGGGAAGCCUUUUCAAGAACAGCGUUCCGGCUAUUUGGGCGAGCAAAGCGUAUCCCUCCCUCAAACCACUAGGCGCGUGGGUUUCGGACUUAAUUGCUCGUGUAAAAUUUCUGGACACCUGGGUAGCCAACGGUAUUCCUAACGCAUUCUGGAUAUCGGGUUUUUAUUUCCCGCAGGCUUUUCUGACUGGAACUUUGCAAAAUUACGCACGUACGCUUGUAUUGUCAAUAGAUACCAUCGGGUUUGGAUUUCAGAUCUUAAAAGACAUUCCCCAAAUACGAAAAACUGUGGGCGUAGUGAUAUAUGGAUUGUUUGUAGAAGGUGCUCGAUGGAAUUCCAACAGCAUGGUUUUGGACGAGUCUAAUCCAAAGGAGUUAUAUACAGAUAUGGCACCCGUGUGGUUUGUGCCCGAGGAGUAUCAUAAGACACCUACCUCGGGUAUAUACGAGUGUCCCGUUUAUAAAACAUUGACAAGAGCUGGCACAUUGUCAACAACUGGACAUUCAACCAAUUACGUUGUCGCGCUUGAAGUUCCUAGCGCUAAGAGUGGGAGACAUUGGAUAAAAAGAGGCGUUGCGCUUAUUUGCGCGCUUGACUAUUAAAUUUACCUUCAGUCUGUUAAGUUAUUUAAUAAUUUAAAUUAAAAAAAUAAUUUAUUAUUUAGGUUUCAUGUUGUAGCGAAUAUUCCAGAAAUCUCGAUAGAUAUCGAGGCGCCAUGACAGAUUAGUCAUCGGCAAUAAAGUACGAACGCAAUCUUUCCGAGAAAUAUGACGUAUUUUGAUCGCGAGGGCUCGGGAACACUCGAGUUAACUAUAAGCAAAACAAAUUGUGUUUCAGAAUAGUUCUAAUUUCAACACCGCAAUAAUAAAUA